AUGCAUAUCCUCUCAGAACCGGACGUUUCGCGCAUUUUCCGCAGCUUGACACAGAAACAAUGCCACGCCUUUAUCGGUGUCCUAGGCUCCGCACUUAUGGGGUACAGUGCUGAAUCUAAGCCAACAGUUCCUGAAUCCGAGAAACUGAUCCACCAGCCAUUGCGGACUGUCUUUACAACAAAAGCGAACAAUUCAUGUAUUUUCAUGCCGGUCUCGGAUACCACCACGUCCGCCGUGAAAGUUGUCACGGUCGGCAACAGUGGUAUCCAAGGGACAAUCAACAUAUUCUCACCUGAAGGACGACUACAGGGUCUUCUUGCUGCCGCAGAGGUAACAGCAUUCCGCACAGCCCUUGCAUCCAUGACACUCUUCGUGAGAUGUAGUAAGCUCCACAAAGAGAACAUUCUUGUGAUGGGGUCUGGUCGUCAAGCUGAGUGGCAUGCCCGACUUGCACUACUGCUUUACCCGGACUUGAUCCGACGGGUGACUUUCAUUAACCGGGGUCGUCAACGACUCGAUGAGAUGGAGCGCGAUGUUCUGAGCGAAUUGCGGGAGCGUUAUCCUAAUGUUUCUAUUGGCACUUUUGCUAAGGAGGGUGCAGCGGACUAUGAUGGGAGGCUUUUGAGUGAGCUGCAGGCUGCUGAUGCCAUCUUCAGCUGUACACCGUCUUCAGAGCCGAACUUCAAGUUUGAGGCGCUGCAGUCUGCUCCUAAACAACGCUUCAUUUCUCUCAUUGGAUCGUAUAAGCCUCAUAUGCAUGAAAUUGAUACUGAGACUUUGCUCUCUGGUGGGGGCAAGGUCUAUGUUGAUUCCAAAUCAGCUUGUUUAGAGGAGUCGGGUGAACUGAUUACGGCCCAGAUGACGGAAAGCCAAUUGGUGGAGAUGGGGGAUAUGCUAGAGAAACAGGGCUUAUCAGGCGAUAUUGAGAUUCCAAAUGGCUGCAAUGUUAUCUUUAAGUGUGUAGGAAUGGGGCUGAUGGAUCUCGUGGUUGGGAGGAAGCUGCUUGAGAUUGGAAGCGAGCAGGGUUUCGGAACAAGUGUCGAUGGAUUUUAA